AAUAAUCUAUUUCUGCUUUUUGCCACUCUAUGCUUUCUCUUCAGGGAUACGGAGAAAGAGAAAGAAGUAGAUGUACUAAUUAGAGUAUUACCACCCAGAAGUUUCCUUCGCCGGAAAACUGUAUUAGAGGUUUUGCGAUCAGGUUGAGAAUCUCGGCUACCCCACCAUCAUGGGAGAAACCGGUAUUGUUCGGUUUCCGGGGAAUCUAGACCCUAGAGCACAAGAGUUCAGGCCAAGAAAUAACCCUAACAACGUCAACUUCACCCAACGAAUGCCUCUCUUUGGACCUCCACCGCUGCCUCCUCCACCUCCACCUACUCCGCAUCAAGUAUACUAUACGUAUGCUGCUCCUCAAGCUGUGCCGUUUACUGAUGACGGAGUUGUAGGGUACCCGCAGUACCCUUCUGCUGCACCCCCAGCUUAUGUGAGCACCGUUCUGCCUCUCCCGCCACAGUCGGCGGCACCAACCAGGACGUUGGUGUUGAGUUCGGUGCCGAGCGACGUCAGCGAGUCGAUCAUUAGGAGAGAAUUAGAGGUAUUUGGAGAGGUGAGAGGGGUCCAGAUGGAGAAAAUUUGUGAGGGAAUCGUGACCGUCCAUUUUUACGAUCUGAGACAUGCAGAGAAGGCGUUACAGGAUAUACGAGACCAACACAUGCGGCAGCAAAGCAGGUUAGGAAACCUCUUUGCUACCUUAGAACGAAGUUCUGGGUUUAUAGGACUUGGAGAGAAAUUGUUUGCACCACCGUCUCCAGCGGCGCGUGGGCUCAUUUCCGGUUGUGCUGUGUGGGCCCAAUUCAUCAUUCCUUCGUGUAACGCUGUUCCGGACGGGCAUAACCAAGGGACUAUAGUAGUUUUCAAUUUAGACCCGAAUGUUUCUACCUCGUCCCUCAAGGAAAUUUUCCAAGCUUUUGGUUCUGUUAAAGAAUUGAGAGAGACACCAUUAAAGAAGCAACAAAGAUUUGUGGAGUUUUAUGACAUAAGAGAUGCAGCUAAAGCUCUGAGGGAGAUGAAUGGGAAAGAAAUUCAUGGGAAGCCAGUUGUUAUCGAGUUUAGUCGACCAGGUGGAUAUGGCAGAAGGUUUUUCAACGCCACCCCCACCUCCUCCUCUAAAACCUCCUCCAUUAGUAAUGCAUUCAUUAGUACGAAAAUUUCAAGGUAUGCUUCACCGCAACCUCCACCACCUCCCCCACCGCCUCCACCACCAAUGCCUCGUAAAUUCUUCAGCCCUUCUGUUCCAAAUGCUUCUCCAUGCGCUUCUUUACCUCAAACUCAAUCCUCCACGAAGAAAGCCUCGCAUUUUAGCAAGGGAAACCCUAAAGAGAAUGUUAACGACAAGGGUUGUUUGACAAUAAAUAGGGGAGACGAGGAUGGAGUUGUAGACAAGGUUGGUGAUGGGCCUGUAAAGAGAAACUCAAAGAAAAGCCAAAAUGAGUCUUGUCCUACGUCGACGAAGCAGCAACAUAGAAAUAGGCCAUGGAAGAGCAGACAAGCAAAGAAGUUUGAUACUCGUUUUCUCAUAAAUGAAGGUGCUAUGAUGGAAUCGAAUUCCAGUGAUUCUAGGACCACUGUCAUGAUCAAGAACAUACCCAACAAGUACAGUCAGAAGCUGCUCUUAAACAUGCUAGACAACCACUGCAUUCACUGCAACGAGCAGAUUGCAAACGGCGAAGACCAGCCCUUGUCCUCCUACGAUUUUGUCUAUCUCCCUAUCGAUUUCAAUAACAAGUGCAAUGUGGGAUAUGGGUUCGUGAAUAUGACGUCCCCACAGGCAACUUGGAGGCUGUACAAGGCUUUUAACCAUCAACAUUGGGAGGUGUUUAAUUCAAGAAAAAUCUGUGAAGUCACUUACGCUAGAGUUCAGGGACUAGAAGCUUUAAAGGAGCAUUUCAAGAACUCAAAGUUCCCUUGCGAGAUGGAACACUACCUGCCAGUGGUGUUUGCACCUCCUCGAGACGGGAGGCAACUGACGGAGCCUCAACCCAUUGUCGGCCAGAAGCAACAGCACCCCAUGAUUCUUGGUCUUCCCAUGGACUCAACCGAUCAUAACAGCAAGAACAACAACGGAGACGCUGACCGAGAAGAAGACGACGAAAUUUCGAACCGCAGGCGCAGCCGAAACGGCAGUGAUGAAGAAGACAAAGGCAGCAAUGGUGGCAGCUGAGUUAUAGGGAGGGCCUAACCUAAAAAUAGAAGAGAGAGAGAGAGAUCGAGGGUUUUAUGGUAAUGGUAUUAAGUUGUGAUUCUCUUGGAACUGGGAAGAUAUGAAUAUGAUAUCAUAUAAUUACUGCAGCCAACCGUUGUGUCCAUGACUGCCUGCUCUGAACAGUUGCACUCCACCAAUGAGGUUCUCGUUGAGCUCCGAGCCUCGUCUUGGUCUUAAUAUGCAUAGCCCACCUCGCCUCUCCCACCACAUCCUACAGCUUCCUUGUCAUAUUCCCCUCAGGUCAGCUACCUGACCACCAUCAACCCCAUUUGACGCUCUCUGUAUCGUGUAUUUAGUAGCUAGUUAAACUUAACUUCUUUUUUUUGUUGCUAGUUAUGCGAAGAAGUGUUUUUGUUGUAACAUGAAAUUUUUAGCUCUGAA